AAAAUCAAAAUCCACAAAAGCUUUCCUCUUGUCUCUAAGGCCGUAACUUCCCCACGUUCUCUUUCUCUCUAAGUUUCUUUCUUCAGAGUCGAAGAGCGGUAACUGCAAAUCAAACCUCUCUCUCUUUCAAAUUUCACCUUCAAUGGACAUUCAAACAGAACUCACCAGUACAAUGGCCAGAACUCCGGCUUCCCAGAAGCACUUGGAUUCCAAAGUCAGGGUGAUCGUAAGACUACGCCCAUUUCUCCCCUCUGAGAUCGCUGCAAGAGGUGGAAAUUCAGUUCCAUGCAUCUCCGCUCUCGAUCCAGAUUGUGGGUCUUGCGAAGAAGUUGUAGUUCAUCUCAAAGAUCACGAGUCCAGCCGGAAGGAAUGUUAUAAAUUAGAUUCUUUCUACGGUCAAGAAAACGACAAUGUGACUCAGAUCUUUCACAAAGAGGUUAGCCCUUUGAUCCAUGGGAUUUUUCAUGGUUUCAAUUCUACUGUUUUUGCUUAUGGUGCAACGGGGAGCGGAAAGACUUACACGAUGCAGGGGUCUGAAGAGCUACCUGGUCUCAUACCUCUGGCCAUGUCAACAGUUCUCUCUAUGUGCGAAAGCACUGGAAAUUCAGCAGAAAUUUCCUACUACGAAGUAUACAUGGACAGGUGUUUUGAUCUAUUGGAACCCAAAGCCAAAGAGAUUUCUCUGUUGGAGGACAAGGAUGGGCAGGUUCAGCUCAGGGGACUUUCCAGGAUCCCUGUAAGCUCCGUGGUUGAGUUCCAUGAGAUUUUUGCUUCUGGAAUCCAAAGGCGCAAAGUUGCACACACAAGUCUUAAUGAUGUCUCUAGUAGAAGCCAUGGAGUGCUCGUGAUUUUCUUUUCUUCAACUUCAGGUGAUGGUUCUAAAGCUCUUGUCAGAGGGAAGCUGAACCUCAUAGACUUGGCAGGGAAUGAAGACAAUAGGAAGACCUGCAAUGAGGGAAUUCGUCUGCAAGAGAGUGCAAAAAUCAACCAGUCCCUUUUUGCCUUGUCAAACGUUAUCUAUGCUCUCAAUAACAAUGAAGCCAGAGUACCAUAUCGGGAAAGCAAAUUGACCCGGAUAUUGCAAGACUCUCUUGGAGGGAUGAGCAGUUGUUUGAUGGUUGUUUGUCUGAAUCCAGGAGACUACCAGGAAGCAGUUCACACGGUUAGCUUAGCUGCUCGAUCGCGCCAGAUUUCAAAUUAUUUUUCUUCAGAUAAAAAGCAAUAUACUCCAAAGGUGAAAGUUGACAUGGAAGCAAAGCUACAGGCUUGGCUUGAAUCAAAAGGAAAGACAAAAAGUGUACAGAGAACAGGGUUGCCUUGUUCUCCAUUUUCAAUCAACACUCUCAGUUCUAUGAGUUCUUUAAAGAGAAACAAGCUGUAUCAAACUCCUGCAAAGAGAAAGGUUACUGGCAUUCAAAGUGAAUCAGCUGCCAAAGAGAGAAACCUAUGCAAUUCUGGAGCUCGAGUUGCACCUUCAAUGGAGAAUGAUUAUAAGGACCAUUUUGGUACCAUACGAGAUGAAGAUUCAAGGAUUACUAAAGAUAAGAGCUGUAAUGACUGCACCAAUACUGCACUGUCUGUUGAUGCUCAGACAAACACAUCCAUUGACAUGGGCCUUAACACAGCGGAUGAAUGCUUAGAAGGCAGUGAUGCUACAACAAGCAUGUUCAAUGUUCUAGAAUCAGUUAUUUUACCUGGUGAGUCAUUGGACAAAGAAAAGAUAACCAUGCCAUCUUUCAACACUGUGGGAUCAUCACCAGAUCGUAAACCUUUGGCAAAGAAUGAUAACAUAAGAACAACCGUCCUAUCUACCAAAUCUGUAGGAUCACCACCUACUAAUGAUAGGGUUAGAGAACUACAGAAUUCUAUUAGAAAAAUUCUUUCUCCCAUCAACCCUAAUAUAAACACUAAAAACCUUGAAGACCUCUCAUCCAAAGACCGAGUAUGUGUAGUUUUCUUCGAGCCAACGACUCCCAAAACACCUUAUCCUAUAACUGGCACUCCACUUGAUAAGUUCAAUGCACGGAGUUCCAAUUUAAAGAGUUCCCUUGUUCAAGAGUAUCUUGCAUUCUUGAACUCUGCCAGCAGAGAAGAACUAUUGGAGCUAAAGGGGAUUGGACAGAAAAGAGCAGAUUAUAUUAUCCAGAUCAGAGAAACAAGCCCUUUUCAAUCGUUGUGCGACUUGGAGAAGAUGGGCCUUUCAUACAAGCAGGUCAAUGAUAUCUUUAGGAGAGCAGCAAGAAAAAUCUUUGACUAACCAGAGAAUUUGCUCAGAAACUAGAGAAGGAAAGAAGGAAGAGAAUGUGUGAGCUUUCAUGGAUUUGAUUUGGAAUCAAAGUCCUUGAAGGGUGGGGGGUGGUGCUGUUUGAGAUCAAUUAUGUUGAUUUUAUAUUGGGGAUACUAAGUAAUUGAAUUUGUAAUGGUUGACAGUAUUCCAAGGGUGUUGUUAUGUUUUGACACUAUUCCAAGGAAUAGCAGCAAUCUUCUUUGUAAUCCAGGGUGUUGUAUUGUAUAGACAGAUGACAUAUCUCCAUUUUUCUUAGCUGCAGCAGUUAUAGACAUUUCAGUUCCCAA